GUGCGGUCGUACAUCGCGGGAGAAUGCAGUCCUUGGUUUUCGCACUGUUCGCCAUCUUUGGACAUGACCUUUCCUAUAUCUCCACUGAUCUCGAUCCAAAUACAAAACCGAAGAAUCCUGACCACUGCAAAGAACCUUUAUUGGAAAAUAGAACGAUUGAGAAACGACUCGACAGGAUCGUUGGAUUCGCGACCAACGAGUGUCUCGGUGAUUGCCGGAGUGCCGAAGUACCCGAGGCGACGAUGACGACGGCAACGACAGGCGAUGGGUGGGUGGAUGGGUGGCCUCGUGUGUACGGUCUGUGUGCGUGUGGCUCUUCGAGCGGCACCAGGAUCUUCCAAUGA